CUAAACUUGACAAAACAGUGGACCAUCCCUGGAGAAAGGACACACCACAAAGGACACUGCUUCUUGUAUGCUACAAGUUCUUAUUAAAGGAAUGUGAAGAAGAAGGAAACAGGGGGCACUGACAACAAUCUUCAGUCAUUGCCAGUGUCUUGGGUUUUGUCCUCAGCACUUUGUCCAAAGAUAUCUGCUACCUUCAUUUUGGUAUCAUUCAGUAUACACCUAUUUGCUUUUGGGACAGAAAUGUGUUAUAUCAGCUAAGCAACAUUACUUCAGAAGCUGACUCAAAAUGGGGAAACUGAAUAUGUUGCUGAUAUUUUUCUUUAUUGCGAGCAACCUAUAUCUUGUCACCUGUCAAAAUAAUGAUUGUAAGAAUGUCACUGUUGCAGAUAUUGUAUUUUUAGUGGAUGGAUCUUCCAGUAUUGGUAAAUCAAACUUUGAAGACAUGAAAGGGUUCAUGCAAAGUUUCAUUGAGAACUUUGGUAUUGGAAGUGGCAUGGUCCAAAUUGGAGUAGCACAGUUCACUGAUAAACCAUACAACGAGUUUGCCUUAAAUUCCUAUUCAACAAAAGAAGAAAUCCUAAAAGCAAUAAACAACCUGAAAUACAGAGAUGGAAAAAAAGAUAGAAGAACUGGAUUGGCCCUUGAAUUCCUCCAAUCAAAAUAUUUUACUCAGUCUGCUGGAAGCAGAAAAUUACAAAAUGUGCCACAGAUUGCCAUUGUAUUUACCGAAGGAGAAUCUUCUGACAAUGUAUCAGAAGCAGCACAAGCCCUUAGAGAUAAAGGCAUUACAAUAUACGCGAUUGGCAUUAGAAUUAAACACUUCAAAGAACUUAAACAAAUAGUGUCUCUCCCUUCUCAUAAAUUUAUCUUUAAUGUUGACAGAUACAGAGCGCUGAAGAAUGAGAUGAGUCAUAUACUGGAAACUGUCUGCACUGCGGCUCGUGCUGAAAUUAUGGCAACAUCCAGAAGGGUUGGAGAUAUAGUGUUCCUUGUGGAUAGUUCUCAGAAAAUGGGAAGGUCAGGCUUUCUACAAGCCAAGGAAUUUAUCAAAAAUAUCGUAGACUUAUUAGAAAUAGGACCUGAUGCAUUUAGAAUUGGCCUUGCUCAGUACAGUGAGAAUCCAAAAGAAGAAUUUUUAUUCAAUAGAUAUCAAAAUGCUUCAGAGAUAAAGAACUAUAUUAACAAAAAAUUUGGUUAUACUGGGGGCCCUCUCAACACUGGGAAAGCUAUACAUUUCUUGAGUUCAACAUUUUUUCAAGAGUCUGCAGGAAGCAGAAUACGGGAUGGCUAUCCUCAGUAUGCAGUCAUUUUAGCAUCUAGCAAAUCAGAAGACAAUGCUCGCCUUGCAACCAGAAAGUUAAAAGAAAAGGGUGUGAAAGUUGUUGUUAUUGGUGGCCAAGAAGAUGCGAUGAAGGAUUUUGAAACAUCAGGACAGCGAGUAUUCUUCAAAUCAAGCAGUUCUCAAGGAUUCGAUAAAGUUUCUAAGAAUAUAACAAACAUCUUCGACGGCUCAUAUUCGGAAGAGCUAGUCACUUCUAUAGUAUGUAACCAGGCCAAAGUCGCUGACAUUGUGUUUUUGGUUGAUGCAUCAACCAGCAUUGGACAAAUGAAUUUUCAACGGAUCCGGGACUUUUUAAAUGAUAUGGUGGAUAAACUGGAUGUAGAUGAAAAGAAAGUAAGAAUUGGCAUAGUUCUGUAUAGUACUCAAUCACAAGUAGAAUUAUUUCUCAAGGAUUUUAAUAACAAGACUGAUAUCUUGAACCGCAUUAAAAACUUGCCUUAUAUUUACGGUAACACAUUAACAGGUACUGCUAUUACAUACAUGAGAAAGAAUGUUUUUAACGAAAAUGCUGGAAGCAGGGCAGCAAGUGGAGUCCAGCAGAUAGCAGUUAUAAUCACUGAUGGAGAAUCUCAAGACAGUGUUGACAAGCCAGCAGCUGAUCUCCGUAAUCAAGGUGUCACUGUUUAUGCUGUUGGAAUACGUGAUGCCAGCAAAACUGAACUACAGAAUAUUGUUUCACUUCCAGCAAAUGAACAUAUCAUUAUGAUAGAAAACUUUCAAGAACUGGAAAGCAUCAAAGAGAAAUUUUCAAAGCAAAUAUGCAGCUCAAUCGUUUCAUUGUCUUCAGUUCCAGUUGCUCCAUGUGAAGAAUGCACUGAUAUCGAAAAAGCAGAUAUUUAUUUUCUUAUUUCUGGAUCAGGACAUAUGGGAGACGAUCAUUUUCAAGAAUUUACAGAUAUAAAAAACUUUAUGAUUGACAUGAUAGACUUGUUUGAGAUAGGACCAGAUAGAGUUCGAGUAGGAGUAGUUCAAUAUUCAGACGCUCAACAAAUGGAAUUUUCCAUUGAUCAGUACAACAAAAAAGUCACGAUACAGGAAGCAAUUAGAGGUAUCAAACAGAAUGGAUCUGGUACUCAGACUGGUAAAGCACUGAAUUUUGUUCUCAAGCAAUUCCAGGACCCUGCUAAAAAACGCACUCAGACAGUAUCACAGAUUCUAAUAAUAAUUACUGAUCAGAAAUCACAAGAUGAUGUUAGCAGACCUGCAGCUGUUCUCAGAAAUGCUGGAAUCAAAGUGUAUGCUGUUGGCAUACAUCAAGCUGUGAAAGAGCAGCUUGAGCAAAUUGCAAAAGAAAAAGAAAGAAUAUUUUUUGUACCUAACUCUAACUAUCUUAGUGCUGUCAGAAAAUACAUCAUACAAGAAAUUUGUUAUGAAGAAGUCUGCAAGAUUAUGGAAGCAGAUGUUAUCUUUUUACUGGAAAGUUCAGGAGACAUUGAUACUGCUGAGUUCAUAAAUAUGAGAACACUGAUAAAAUCACUAGUGGAUGAAUCUAAUAUUAGCCAAGAUGCCAUUCAAGUUGGGUUAAUACAGUUUAGUUCUCAGGCACAGGUUGUGCUUCGACUGAACCAGUCCUUCGACAGGACUGAAAUCCUAGAGAAAAUUGAAAAUCUUAAAAAACAGACGGAUGGUAACAUUAACAUAGGAGAAGCACUUAAAAGAGUUUCUGCAUAUUUUGACAAAGCAAAUGGGGGACGCCCACAUUUUUACCAAUAUCUCAUUAUAGUUACACACAGUAAAGCCAGCGAUGAAUAUGCUCUUCCUGCCGAGGCUCUUCAAAAACAAGGAAUAAAUAUUAUUUCUGUUGGAGCUGGUGAUGCAGAUAUUACACAGCUUCAACAACUCAGUGGCAACAGAUUAAGAACAUUUUAUACAGGGCGUGCUGAUGACCUUAAUUACUUGACACGGCCUAUUCUGCUUAGUAUGUGCACAACAGAUGAAACUUGCAAAAAAACAGUUGCUGCAGACAUAAUAUUCUUAGUUGAUGGGUCGAACAGCAUUGACAUGCCUAACUACCUGAAAAUGCAGCAGUUUAUGGAGGCUGUUGUAAAUAAUACUGAAGUCGGAGAAAACAAGGUUAAGUUUGGUGCUGUAAUAUACAGUAAUAAGACAGAAGUCAUGUUCAAGCUUCAAGAUUUCCUUACAAAAACACAAAUCAGACAGGCUAUUUUUAAUAUGUCAAAAGAGAACGCUUCAACAUUUACAGCGAUGGCUCUUAAUUUUACAAAGGAAUACUUUGCUGAACAGCACGGUGGUAGAAAACAAAGCAAUAUCUCUCAGAUUCUUGUGGUCAUCACUGAUGGAAUAGCUACAGAUCACCCACAUGUGAACUCCUCUGCUCUAGCUAUUCGAAAUGCAGGCAUUAUUAUUUAUGCCAUUGGAGUGGCUGGUGCAAAUCAACCUGAAUUAGAAUUAAUGGCUGGAUCAAAAGAAAGGUUUUUCUACGUAUCAGACUUUAAUAAGCUGGUUGAAGUACAAAAAAACCUUAGUAAAUCCUUGUGUAAAGAUAUAAAGCAAGAAUCUUCACCAAAGAUACAUUUCAGGGACACGUUCCUGCAGAACAACCUAACAUCCGUCAUGAACUCAUUCACAUCAGUAGAAACAGCUGGAAUGAAACUCAGCCCCUUGUUUAACAGGCUGAUAACAUCAGGAUCCAGUGUGGUCUUGGAUAAGUUGACUACUAAGUCAUUGUCCCCAUUAAUUAGUCCACAAACUUCUUUCGUUUGCGUUCUUGACUCUGCGUCCUCUGUGGCCUGUACGAGUUCUCCCUCACAAAAACCGGCAACGGCCAGUUUACUGGGAGAACUCAAACAGGCCACAGAGGACGCAGAGUCAAGAACGCAAACGAAAGAAGUUUGUGGACUAAUUAAUGGGGGCAAUGACAUAGUAGUCAACUUAUCCAAGACCACACUGGAUCCUGAUGUUAUCAGCCUGUUAAACAAGGGGCUGAGUUUCAUUCCAGCUGUUUCUUCUGAUGUGAAUGAAUUCACGACGGAUGUUAGGUUGUUCUGCAGGAACGUGUCCCUGAAAUGUAUCUUUGGUGAAGGUUCUAUGAAAGAACAGCAGACCUAUAAGAAAUUGAGUUUAUUUACUCCAGUCAACCAUCCUCAAGUAGAACUCUUUAUGAAAUUGUGUGAGGAUGAGAUAAAUAAGGUGAGAGGUCCAACAGAUAAAGUUAAGAAUUGUUUCUAUAAUUUAAACAGGAAAGAAAAGGAGGAUCUCCAAAAACUAAGAAGGACAGACAGCUUGGUGAUCAAACCAGCAGAUAAAGGUGGCUGUAUAGUAGUGAUGGAUGCAGACUGGUAUCACAAUAAAGUUUUACUGAUGUUGGAUGACAACAUGACUUAUCGUAAAUUGAAAUGCACCAUAGAUAUUCUGGUGGGAUUUGACAAAUCGACUUACAGUUUAUCUUUCCCUACACAAAAAGAACUCCAGGAUCACCUUCCUCGAAUUAUAGAAAGAGCAUCUUCGCUGAGUGGUGUCAGCUGUGGAUUAGGUUUCCAGCCUACCAUCAGAUUUUCUUUCUUAGUACUUGCAGAAGGAGACAAUAUCCUGCAUUACUCAAACUUUGAAAAAGAUUAUCAAAAAUCUCUUCAGUUUCUGUUGAAUUUUACAACAGGAGAAACAACUUAUUUAAGGGUUAAGUUUUUAAAUAUAUAUUUCAAUGACCUCAGCCAAAGAUCAUCCGCUAAAGUAAAGAUACUACUUCUUUUCACAGAUGGCUUAAAUGAAGACAAUGUAACUAAUCUGAAGAAUGUUGCUAGAACUUUUGAAACUAAAGGCAAGAAUGAAAGAAUCCAUGCUUUGUUUAUGGUGCCACUGCAAAAUGCAAAGGACAUAAGUGCCAUCAAGUCACUUGAAUUUGGAAGGAUUUUUAAAGAGGGGCAACCUGAACAUACGGAAAUUAAAGAUUUUCCUGAAGUCUUUUUGCAGAACAUUGAAAGUCUUGCAGAGAGGGAAUGUUGCAACGUCUUCUGUAAAUGUGAUGGGCCACCAGGAUAUGCUGGUAAUCCAGGUACAAAAGGCACUAAGGGUGAUAAUGGAUUAAAAGGAGUCCGUGGCCAUGAAGGUGAAGAAGGAACAAGUGGUAACAGAGGACCACCUGGUCCACUGGGAAUUCAAGGUCCUCCAGGAUGCCAAGGGAAUAGGGGAUCCAAGGGUGAGCGAGGAUAUUCUGGAGCCAAGGGAAGUAAUGGUGGAGAUGGACUGAAUGGAAUUUCUGGAGAAGAGGGAGAUCCUGGUACUCCUGGACGUUCUGCCGAAAAAGGUGACCCAGGUGCAAUGGGUAGACGAGGCCUCAGAGGUGAACCAGGUGAACGUGGAAGUGAUGGCAUACGAGGGGAUCCUGGAACUCCAGGACAAAAUUCCAGAAUUUCUGGUCCAAAAGGAACUAAAGGAAAUCCAGGAGUGCAGGGUUCCACAGGAACUGAUGGUAUUUCAGGACCGCUUGGUUAUAAUGGCAACACUGGUCCAACAGGAAGAAGAGGAUCUCCUGGUUUAAAGGGAGAAAGAGGCCCUCCAGGAACUGACGGUCCUGAUGGGGAUCCUGGUCUCCAAGGAAAACAGGGUAACACGGGUGAAAAAGGCUUUAAAGGAGCAAAAGGUGCUUCAGGUCGUCAGGGUGUCCAGGGUGACCCAGGACUUGGUGGCGUUAAGGGCAGUGAUGGACGUUUGGGGCCCACUGGACUAACAGGUGAACAAGGAGAACCUGGAGAGAAAGGUGAACAAGGAUUAGAGGGACCCAACGGUAUUCCGGGCAUAGAUGGGAGAAAUGGAUAUGGUAUUAAAGGGCAAAAGGGAAUUAAGGGUCAAAGAGGAUUUCCAGGAAAUAGUGGCGUGCAGGGAGAUGAUGGUGAUACUGGUAGUCCAGGUGGUGAAGGAGCAAAGGGAAACAGAGGAAGACAGGGUGACUCUGGUCUUCCUGGAGAUGGUGGAGAGCCUGGUACCUCAGGACCAAAGGGGCCAAGAGGCCCUAAAGGACCACCUGGCAUUUCACCAUUGACACCAUGCCAGCUUGUGUCCUUUGUUCGAAAUAAUUCCUGCACAAGAGGAAUAAAGAGAUGUCCUGCAUUCCCAACAGAACUAGUAUUUGCACUUGAUAUGUCCAAUGAUGUACAAUCACAGCAGUUUAGAACAAUGAAGACAAUUAUGAAAUCUAUUCUUGACAACUUGCAUGUCAGUGAAAAUAAUUGCCCCACUGGAGCACGUGUGACAGUUGUUUCGUAUAACAAACACACAAAGUAUGCAAUCCGUUUCUCUGAGUAUAAAAAUAAAGCCAUGCUAAUACAGGCUGUCGAAGACUUAGUACUGAGGAUAUCAUCUACCUCUCGCAGUAUUGGCACAGCAAUGAGAUUUGUUGGGAGAAAUGCAUUUAAACGGUUCCAUCCCAGCAUCUUUACAAGGAAAAUUGCAAUAUUUUUCACUGGUGGAGAUGCUACAGAUUUAUCUGAAAUAAAUACAGCAGUUUUGGAAUAUAAAGCAUUAGACAUUAUUCCAGUCAUCGUUGCCCUUCAACGGGUACCAAAUAUAAAACGAGCUUUUCAGCUUGAUGAUACACGCAAAUUUCGAGUGUUUGACUUGACAACACAAGAUGAGAAAAACGUCCUGCUUGAAAUACGCAAAUGUACCAUUUGCUUUGAUCCUUGUGUUGGUGACAUGCAGUGUGAAACUGCUCCUGGGCCUUUUGAUGUUGACAUGGAUUUGGCAUUUGUGCUCGAUAGUUCCCAAAAUAUACACAGACGCCAGCUAAAAACUGCAACAGAUUUCAUAGGCAAAAUUAUUGAUCAACUGCCCAUCUCAUCUGCACCUCAAACAUCAAGGCGAGGGGCCAGGAUUGCACUGGUACAGCACAGCCCUCUGUGGUACGCCCCUGGAAGAGGCCAAGCAGCCGUGAAACUAGAGUUUGAUUUCCUUACUUACAGGAAUGGCAACUUGAUGAAAAAACAUCUUCAAACCAAAGUGAAUCAUUUACAGGGUGCAUCAGCAAUCGGUCACGCAAUUGAGUGGACAGUCACUAAUAUUUUCAACAAGGUUCAAAACCCAAAGACAUUGAAGGUUAUUUUUACUAUUCUUGGUGGCAAGACAAGUUCUUGGGAUAAAGAAAAACUAAGAGAAAUGUCUCUGCAAUAUCGCUGUUUGGGAUAUUCCAUAUUCACUUUAGCUAUUGGAAAAGAUUUCAGUAAUUCUGAGCUCUAUGAGCUCUCAAGCACACCACGAGAACAGCAUUUUAUCCAUUUGGGUGCAGUUCUGGAACCUGAAAUGCAGUUUGCAGAGAGAUUUGUGCUGGCAUUUUUUAAUCUCCUUAAAAGUGGAAUGAACAAAUAUCCUCCUCCAGAUUUGCAGGAAGAAUGCAGAAGAAGACCAGUGAUUUCCUUGAAUGAAGAGAGUGGACAAUCUGAAAUUGAAGAAUAUUUUGAAGAAAUCACAGCACGUCCAUAUGAAGAAGAGGAAAUAGAAUAUGAGGCAGAUCAAGCAUCUUUUCCAUCAAUUGCAUACCAGUACAAUAACAAAGAAGCAAUGAUCCCACCAGAAACAAAUGUGGGAUAUAAACAGGAUUAUUUAGACUACAUAAACGGCACUGGUUGGCAUUUAAUGGAUACAGUCAGCAGAACAGCCAAAGAUGUCUGCCAGCUGGAUCCUGAUGAAGGGCCCUGCCAAGAAUACAGCUUAAUGUGGUACUAUGAUAAGUACCAAAUUCAGUGCAAAAGGUUUUGGUAUGGAGGUUGUGGUGGCAAUCAGAACCGCUUUGAAACAAAGAUGAUUUGUGAAAAAUUCUGUACCUCAUUAUUUUAAUGAUAUAAGCUGAACAGUGCCACAGCCAUGUGAUUUGACAAAAGUGACACAAACAUCUGUCUUCACAUAAAACUGAAGGGUUAUUUCACAAAAAUAGUAACAUCAAAAAGAAAAGUUUACUAUGGAUUGUAACAUGGGUCCCAUCUUUAAUGAACGUAUUCAGACCUGCUUUAUUUAAAUUAGAAUAAUCCAUAAGUCUGACAGGUAUAUGUUGUUGAGCAGUAUGUCAUUUUAUGCGUGCAAAUGCAGGUCAGAUAUUCCUUAUGAUAAGCUGACUGAAAUGUAGUCCUGUCCUUUGUACAUUUUUAGAACAGUGUAUCACUACAUACACAAACUAGAAAUUAUUAAUGGGUGCCAAGCAUAAUAUCGCUGCACUAACAAUCAACUCUAUUUCCUGGAUGCUGCACUUACGAUCAAGAUUAUGCACUUUUCUUUUUUAAGGACUGAGCUCUAUUAUAAAACUCAACAGAUACACAAAAUAAAAUCAUGAUUUUUAUUAUAUUCUGUAAUUAUAAUCACUUCCAGAUUUGUAUGAAAUGAAAAUGAGUUGUCUUCAAAAAUGUACUUAUUCUCAUAAGAUGUCAUUAUUACAGUCAGCUUAUGCAGGCUUUUUAGUUUUAGAUGAGUGAACUCAGGUAUACAUCCUAAAAACAAAAUGUACACAAAAUGAAUCCUGAAUACUGUCAUAUUCUGUAAUUUAGUAUUAUCCUCUUCUGAUCAAUUUUAGAUUUUCUGGGAUGUGGAAAUGUUUGUAGUCUUCAGAAAUUGCACUGGUGCUCACUUGAUGACAUUAUUAACAAGGGCAUACCCACUGCCAAAAUCAUUUGGUUAUUUGGGUUACAAGAACUACAAAUAAAUUUCAAACAGUGGCUGUUCAUUAACUUUGUUUACAUUAUUGUUAUAAAAAAUUAAGUUACGUUUAUUGUGAAAGGA